AUGGCCAAGUCCAGCUCUGGGACCAAGUUUGCUAAUGACAUGACGCUUGUGUCCGAGGAAAAUGCAAGGAGAGGGCUCCUCUUGGAGCACGGAGACCGGGGAGGAGGCUGCAAGAUCAAAGCGCUGCGGGCGAAGACCAACACGUACAUCAAGACGCCGGUGCGGGGCGAGGAGCCGGUCUUCAUGGUGACGGGGCGGCGGGAGGACGUGGCCAUGGCCCUGCAGGAGAUCAUCUCCGCGGCCGAGCACUUCUCCAUGAUCCGCGCGUCCCGCAACAAGGCCGGCACCACCUUCGGCAGCGCGCCCACCUUGCCGGGCCAGGUGACCAUCCGGGUGCGGGUGCCCUACCGCGUGGUGGGCUUGGUGGUGGGACCCAAAGGAGCCACCAUCAAGCGGAUCCAGCAGCAGACCAACACCUACAUCAUCACGCCCAGCCGGGACCGGGACCCUGUCUUCGAAAUCACCGGAGCGCCGGGCAACGUGGAGCGCGCCCGCGAGGAGAUCGAGACCCACAUCGCCGUGCGGACGGGCAAGAUCCUGGAGUACAACAACGAGAACGACUUCCUCUCCAGCAGCCCCGACUCCGGCAUGGAGAACCGCUACUCGGAGGCCUGGCGGGUCCACACGCCGGCCCCGAGCUGCAAGCCCCUCUCCACCUUCCGGCAGAACAGCCUGGGCUGCAUCGGCGACUGCUCUGUGGACCCCGUCUACGAGACCCCACGGCUGAACGACCAAAACGACUUCAAUUACGGUUACCUCUUCCCCAACUACGGCGUCAACAAGCAAGAUCUCUACUACGGGGUGCCGGAGUCGGGUGCUCCCAUGUGGGCCGGCCAGGAGAACACCAACCCCGUCUCCGUGCUCUUCUCCAAGCAGCAGCGGUCCAGCAGCAGCAGCGCCAUCCACCCCAACUCCCAUCGCUCGCCUUCCUCUUCCAUCCAAGAGCCCGGUCUCUCCGGGCUGCCGCGGCGGCUGGUGCCUUGCGGCCACAACCUCUUCUGCAUGGAGUGCGCCGUGAGGAUCUGCGAGAGGACUGAUCCCGAGUGCCCCGUCUGCCACGCUGCAGCCACUCAGGCCAUUAGAAUAUUUUCCUAA